GUGAAAUGCACUACCUUUCCCUUCAUUUUUUGUUCCUGAAGUGAAAUGGCUGGUCUGGUCAAUUUCGAGGAUGAAGAGGAGGUGAAGGAAUAUUUGGAAAAUCUGGGAGUGGAAUACAGUUUUCACUGCUAUAAGGAAAAGGAUCCUGACGGUUGUCAUCGUCUGGCUGAUUACUUGGAGGCUGUGAAGAGAAAUUUUGAGGCAGCUGCCAAAGUACUGAAGGAGAACUGUGAAAACAACCAGCACAGUGAGAGCUGCUACAAACUUGGAGCUUACUAUACGACUGGAAAAGGUGGUCUCCCAGCUGAUUUUAAAACUGCCUAUAGCUGCUUUUUGAAGUCUUGUGAGAAAGGUGGCAAGAAAUCCACUGCGGCUUGUCACAACGUUGGACUAUUAGAACAUGAUGGGCGGGGAAAUGAUGAUGAGCAGCCUAAUGCCUCUCUGGCCAGGGACUAUUACAGCAAAGCCUGUGAUGGUGGUUUUGCUCCCAGCUGCUUUAAUCUUAGUGCUAUAUACCUUCAAGGAGCCCCUGGGGUACCAAAGGACAUGAGCCGGGCUUUGGAGUAUUCUCUGAAAGCAUGUGACUUAAGACACAUAUGGGCAUGCGCCAACGCUAGCCGAAUGUAUAAACUGGGAGAUGGUGUGGAGAAGAAUGAUGCUAAGGCAGAGGCCCUAAAGAACAGGGCAAUGAGCCUGCACAAGGAGCAACAGAUGGGUUCAAGGUCCUUAACAUUUGGCGAUCCUCUAGGUCGACCAAUUUCAGCCAUCAGAAGAUCUAUUCCCACAACUCUGCCUUAUCUCUCGUGUUACUGCUUACACCAGGAACUGCCUCCCAGGAUACAUGAACACCGCUUCCUUCAACUCUCUCAUCAGCCUACCUUUUCUGUUAAGCCUUUGGAACAUCUUUUUAUAGUUUACCUCCCUGACUGAAACUGGGCCUUGCUACAUAUAGCUAAAUAAAUGCACAUUUUAA